CAUACUAGUGUUUAUAUUUGAUAUACAGAUCAUUUAUUUUUCCAGGAAGGCCAGGAUAAUGUUUUCAUGUAAUUCUCACCAUGUGAGUCUGCUCAAACACCGUGUUGCAGUGAGCAUGUGAACAUGUUUCCUAUAUGUUAUGCAGUGUUACCAGGUUGGCCAAUCAAACACAGUCUUGUCUGUGAAGAGUGGAGAAGCUAUUAAUAUUCUUUCAUUCAGCAGAGCAACGUUAACACGAUGACAUCUCCAAAGUUUGUUUUCUACCUGACAUGUUUGUUCUUGGGGAAAAUAGCUCAGAUGACUGAACUGCAAUUGUCUUCGUCUCAGCGUCAAGCGAGUGGUUUUUUAUCAGUUAAAGCAGGAGACAAGUUGACUUUACAAUGUUUUUAUGAAGGUGAAAUUUCAAAAAGGCUUUACUGGUACAAACAAACUCUGGGACAGAAACCAAGAAUCGUCUCUACCUUCUAUGUGUUUGAUGAGAAAGGCACUUUUUAUCAUGAAUUCCAGAAGAAUAUACGCUUCACAUUGGAUAGUGGAAAUGGUAAGAAUCACUUGAGGAUCUCGGAUUUACGUAUUUCAGACUCAGCUACUUACUACUGUGUGAGUAGUGAAUCACACACAUUUGAAUUUGCGGAGGUCAUUACUGUCAAUGUAAAGGGUUCAGGUUUGAACAUCCAAGCUUCGGUCCAUCAGUCAGCAUCUGAGACCAUCCAGCCAGGAGGCUCUGUGACUCUGAACUGUACAGUACACACUGGGACCUGUGAUGGAGAACACAGCGUUUACUGGUUCAGAAACUCUGAAGAAUCUCAUCCAGGACUCAUGUACACCCAUGGAGGCAGGAAUGAUCAGUGUGAGAGGAAACCCAACACACAAACACACACCUGUUUCUACAACUUGCCACUGACGAGCCUGAAUCUUUCUCAUGCUGGGACCUACUACUGUGCUGUUGCUUCAUGUGGACACAUACUGUUUGGAAACGGGACCAAGCUGGACUUAAGUAACAAGCAUGAGGUGGACUGUUUUGUCGUGGUGUAUUUCUUAAGUGGAGCUUUGGCAUUCACCGCCAUCCUGUUGGUUUUACUGGCCCACAAGAUGAACAAGAGAAAUAUUUUACAAUCUACAGAGUUUCACGCAAGAUUUUCAGCUACCUCCACAACAAACGUUGAGGGUUCCAGAGAAGCCGACAACCUCCAUUAUGCUGCUUUAAGUAUUAACCUUCCCAACAGAUCAAGAAGACAGAGGAAAAACCCUGAGAAUGAAUGCGUGUACUCCAGUGUCAAGAAGUAGACAUGUUUCAUUUUCACUUUUGAAGUAAAACUGCAUUUUUUUUUUACUAUUCCUUUAAAGGAUAAUGUAGAUUUAGAUGUACAUCUUGAGAUAAAUAUCUUUUUAUAUCUUAUUUGUGGUCUGCAGUCAAAGGAUACGAUAUCUCUACGCUUCAGUAAGGUUAAGUAAUGUGCACAUUUAGGGCCCUCUUCUCUUGUCGUUGUUUGUCUGUGGUUUCAAGCAGGAUGCCUCCCUAUUCUUACCUUGUUGUCUUACUAAGAAACCAUCCAUCCAAAAUCUUAUUUUUAUUACAUAAAAAUGUCUUUCUAAUCAAACCAGUAGAUAAGGUCAGAUUCAUUGAUGCUACACAAGUGACGCAUGAACUUUGAGGAUCAAGUAUGUCAUGGACUUUUUUGUUUUGCUCAUAGUGGUUUUAA